UCGUGGUUCGAGUCCAAUAGUCAAUCUGGGAGUUUUCAGUUUCUCACAUCAAGGAAGAACAAGAACAGUAACUAUGGUUCCUCGUACUCUCGCUGUGUUCACCGUCGUUGUCUUCGCGAUCGUUUCAUCUAUUCAGGGUUAUGUGAUUAACGAACAAGAUGGGCAAAUCUCAAUGCGAUCAUCGCCGUUUGAAACCGCACUCCUAACCCUUCAGAAGCAAAUUGGCUAUAAUUUCCAAAACAUUGGUCUGCUUCGGCGUGCAAUGACCCACGCCUCAUUCUCCGAAGAGAACAACAAGGCACUGAGCAUUUUGGGUGCCAAUAUCAUAGACACAUCUGCCUCUUUACGACUACUUGGAAAGAACAUUGAGAUUUCUGCAAAAGAAAUGAACCGUCACAUAUCAGAGAUCUCCAAGGUUGAAUCUUCCUGUGCUGCUGAUGGGCUGCGAUUGGGGUUGCAUAAGGUUGUUAGAGUCUCUCCCAAGACUGACUCUUCAUCUCCAGCGGUGGUUUGUGGGGCUUUCAGAGCAGUCUUUGGUGCUAUCGCUUUAGAUGUCGGCAAGUCUGAUGAUGCUGGAAGCAUUUUUUGGGCUGUUCAUGGUGGUGAAGCUGGAGGAGUCACUUCAAUUUGAAUGUAGCUCUCUAGUAUAAGGUGUUAUGCCUUUUCUGUCUCUAGUUUCUACCUGUCUUAAGUAGCAGAAACAGUAUUUCAUCGCGCUGUGUGUUUAUAUUUUGUAUAGCAGUACUGGUCAUGUUGAAACCUGUAUGAGAAUGAAUGCUGUCCUUGGAAUGAUAUUAUGCUAUGUUAAUUUUGUUUGUGUGAAGAAACUACAUGAUUCUUCA